AUGUCUGACUUAUACGAACAAGCAGAAUUUUUAAAUGGAGGAAAAGUGGCUCACUAGUAAGAUACUAGGUUUUAGGAUCAAGAUUAAUUACCUCAUGAAACUGAGAAAACCUUAAAAUAAUUAGAUUAAGAACUUGCUGUUGAUGAAGAGUACAAAGAGGCAUUUGAAAUAGCAAGAAGAUUAUUGAAAUUCUAUAAAAGUGAAAAUUCAAUUAGAAAUGGGUAAUAUUUUGCUGGUGCAGGUAAUUAAUUUAUAAUAAUUUUAAAGCAUUAUAUUUUGGGUUCAGAUGCAAAAAUGCCCCAUACUUACUUAUAGAGAUUUCAGAAUUGAUAAAGAAAGAGUCUGCAACAAAAGUAGCAAAAUGUUAUUUAAAACUAUUAAAAUUUGUAAAAUUAGAUGCUAAAGUCCCUUAAAUUGUUCAAUUAGCAAAAAGUUUAUAAUAUUUAGAUCCUUCUAUUUAUAUACCUAAAUUUGUAAGAUUAUUAGAAAUAGGGUAUUUCAAUCAAUAUAAUUCUUAGCCGAGAUAAACAUAAACAAAUUGUUGAUACAGCUAUGAAAUUAAUUAAAAGAAUGAUGUUAGAUUGGAUGGCUUAUGGAAGAAGACCUUCAUCAUUAUGUGGUGCUGCAUUGUUAAUAUCUGCUAGAUUUCAUGGAGAAAAUGUAUCAACUUCUUAAGUUUGUAAAACAGUUUAAGUUUGUGAUGAAACUAUUAGAAAAAGAUUAGCUGAAUUUAAUUAAACAGGAUUAUCUUAAUUGACAAGAGAAUAAUUUGAAUAAAUUGAGAAUAUUGAAACUGGAAUCCCAGGACCAGUGAAUGAUCCUCCAUCAUAUAGAAGGAUCAAACAAUAAGAAGAAGAAAUGAGAAAAGGAUUAACAGAAGAUGAGAUUAAAUAAUUGGAAGAAAGCACAUUAAAAAAAGCAUUAGAAAUGAUAGAAUUACUAAAGGUUUAACCUGAAGUAUAUAAAUUAGAAAAUAAUUAAAAAUAAGAAGAUCCUACUUCAUUUUCUGAAGCAGUUAAUGAAUAAAAAGAUUGUGAAGUAUUAUCUUCUUUAAGUGAAUCAGAUGAGUAAGAAUAUAUCCUUAGUGAAUAAGAAAAAGCAUGUAAACAAUUAGUAUGGUAAGCAAUGUACAAAGAAUAUAUCUAUGAUAAACUUAACAAUAGUAAGAAGUAAGCAUAAUAAUAAAAAAAUCUAUAAAAUGGAAAUAAAUAAUAAAACUAAAAAUCUAAAAAAAAAGUCAAUAUUAAAUAAUCAUUUGCGACACCACAAGAAUCAGUUACAGAUAAUUAUAAAAAUGAUGGAAUUAAUCCAUAAGCUGUACAAAAUCUAUUUUCAAAAGAAGCUGCUUUUUUUUCAUAGUUUAGUAGAUGA